AAUCCCGCGCUGUGGGGCUGCGUUCCGGCGGUUAUUUCGGGCGCUCGACACCUAAUAUGGGCCCGAUGCCCAGUUUUUCGGUAAAAAUAGACGUAGCACCCGCUUCGUUCGUCAGUUUGCGCGUGCUUUAACGUUUAGGAAUUUUAGACUUAACUUCCCGGAAAUUAUUUUACAUCCUAUUCAAAUUGAUUUUAUUACCGAACAAAUGAAAUCAAACUGCACGAUUAUUAUUCUUUUAUGAGUAAAAAAACUUGGAACAGUUUAAAUUCAAAUAAGGAAGACGUUUCGAAUAGUUUGGACCGAUUUAAAAUUUCCCGCGUUGCUGGUAAACAAAAGCGAGUGACAGCGUCGGUAAAGCAGUUCGAUAAAACAAAAGAUGGCCGUUUCGGAGCGACUACAGCGCCAGUGUGUUGUUUGUUGGGGCUCGCGAUCGUCAGUCAACAUGGCCGCCGCCAGUGCGCGGCCGGACGGACCGCGCCGCGCGUAGAAAUGUCCGCGUCCGCGCCCCACGCCCCCGGGCGCACCCCCGUGAGGCGCAGGGGGCACCAGCACCACCCGCGGCUGCGGGGCGACCGCCAGCCCGCCCCCAGCGCGCCCGCAAACUACGAUCCGUCCAAACAAGUGACCUUAGACAAUCAAACAGACGAUGUUGUGCCUUGUGUCAAUAGUGUUAGUGAAUCUCAAGAAGUGACAAGGACGAAUAGUGACGAUGCACUUUCGAAUCGAAAUAUUAUCGAGGACUAUGCGAUUAUUGACGAUGAAAUCGAGUUUGACAGUAGAAUUACAGGCGUGGAAUCUCGUGAUAGCUCCGAAGACGAUUUCUCGUUUAAAGAUGAGCGGUCGGCGGGAGACGGCGCCGAAGUGACCGCUGUUGCCUGUGAUAAUUCUGAUGACGACCCUGAAACAGCAGAACUUGCGAAACUUAGAUGUACGAGCGAAUGUACAGAAGUCUUAGCUGCAAGGGAAAACAGAAGGAGAAGAAGAUGUGCAGAUUACCCCGGUCUGGCGUUCGGCAGUUCAAUUUUUUCGUCGGAUACGAUGAUGAAAUUUUCCAUCAUCAAAAAUGAGUUGCAGAAUAUCAAGAACACGGCAUUAAAAAGGGCCGAGUCCGAGGUGGCUGCCCUGAACCGACGCAUCCAACUGCUGGAGGAGGACCUCGAGAGGUCCGAGGAGCGUCUCGCCACCGCCACAGCCAAGCUGGCCGAGGCCAGCCAGGCUGCCGAUGAGUCCGAACGAAUACGCAAGGCGCUGGAGAACAGAACCAACAUGGAGGAUGACCGCGUCGCCAUCUUGGAGGCCCAGCUCGCUCAGGCCAAGCUCAUUGCCGAGGAGUCGGACAAGAAAUAUGAAGAGGUCGCUCGUAAGCUGGCCAUGGUUGAGGCUGACCUGGAGCGCGCGGAGGAGCGUGCCGAAUCCGGUGAAUCCAAAAUCGUCGAGCUUGAGGAGGAGUUGCGCGUUGUCGGCAACAACCUGAAGUCCCUGGAAGUCUCCGAGGAGAAGGCGACGCAAAGGGAAGAGACAUACGAGGGCCAAGUCAAACUGCUGGACGCACAACUGAAAGAGGCUGAAGCUCGCGCUGAGUUCGCUGAGCGCUCCGUGCAGAAACUCCAGAAGGAGGUCGACAGGCUUGAAGACGACCUGGUGGCCGAGCGCGAAAAGAGCAAACUUCUGCAGGAGGAGAUGGAGGCCACGCUCCACGACAUCCAGAACAUGUGAACACCUCGCGCCUCGCCCGCCACCCUCACCCGCGCGCCACCCAUAUCGACAUCGACAUCGACACUCGCACAUCACUAGCGCUUUGACAGCUGUCACUGUGACACGAGCCGCCAUCUUUAUUUAACCCUCCGGAAAACACUGGCUCUAUUUAGUGAUGAGUUGUUAUUUUUCCAUAGUUUUUUUACAAAAUGACGCGGUAGACCGAGUGAGGUGGGCGGGCGACUAGAUGUUUCUAGAGUUAGAGUAAUUGCCAGCCGCUUUUUAAUGUAACGUCGAGAACGAGUGUUCGCUAGACACCACUGCCAUGUGCAAUUUUUGUUUUAAUGAUACACAAAUUAUUCUACUAAUAUUUUCCGUAUAAAUGUUGAGAACUUUAUUUUCAUUAUAGUCAUUUAUGUCAAGCGUGCCUGUAAAUGUCGAGCUUUCGACUUUCUUUGAUGAAUGCAGCUAUACAACUCGCUUUCUUAUGGCACUUCUAGUUAUAGGAUAAAACGUCAACAUUCCAAAAUGGGUCCAAAUGUUUGAAAUGUAUACUCAACAAGUCACUAGGACUGAUAUUGUAAAAGUUGCACAUCACUUGUACAUUCUCUUAUAUCGCAAAGCGUAGAACAAAUUUAUUGUUUUUGUAAUAAUCAGUUCCAAUUCCUAAUUAUGAUUUCACUUGUCGUACGUACGUAGUGCAAAACAUUAAUUAAUGAUAUUGGCAAUAAUAAUUAGUGCACUGUUUGCUAUUAUUUAUAAUGAACUCUUAUUUACUUAAUAUUAGAAAGAGAUUAGAUAUUUUAUUUAAUGAGUGGUAUGGUAACACGUAAAAUAUUGAUAUUUAUAAGAAUAUACUUUGCUAUGAAGUAUUCGAUAUUCUAUUUUGUUUCGCGGAUGAUUUUUCUUGUGUCAUAAAAUUGAGUAUUGUUAUUAUUUAUUUAAAUGAUUUGAAGAAUAAAUGAUGACCAUUCCAAACUGUAACGCUGUCGAGGAUCCGUGCGCAGGUUGUUACUUCCUAGAGCUGGCAAUUCCGCGCCGCGGCGCACCCUUGUCAAACAAAACGUUCGCUUACGAGAUAACGUUUUACAUGUUAUUGAUUAAUGAAUUGAUAGUAAGUUCGUGAGAAAUAAAUUAAUGAUUUUAAGAGUAUUCUAACACAAGUGUUUAUAAAUAUAUAUUAUUAUUUUUAAAA